GUCGCCUCUUAUACUGACCGCCGGCAACAAUAAUGGCAGUAAUGGCAGCAAUAAUAGCCGCGAUUACGACAAAGAAAUGGGUUUGAGUGGUAAUGGCGGCCAAUCGGGUGGGGGUUCGCUGCCUGACUCUCCCGCCCGGCGCCGCAUCGCUGAGCGAAGUAAUCUGGAUAUCACUGAAGAGAUCACUCGAAACAGAGAGUUCUACAAGAAUGCUGAGGUCAGGCCUCCAUUCACUUACGCCUCACUUAUAAGACAGGCGAUCAUUGAAUCCAAUGACAAACAAUUAACGCUUAAUGAGAUCUACAAUUGGUUUCAAAACACUUUCUGCUACUUUAGGCGCAACGCCGCCACUUGGAAGAAUGCUGUCCGCCAUAACCUAUCGCUGCACAAGUGUUUCAUGCGAGUGGAGAACGUGAAGGGAGCCGUUUGGACGGUCGACGAGAUCGAGUUUUACAAACGCCGUCCGCAGCGUCUCCAGGAGCGCAUCGGAUCGGGCGGUUCGUCAGGCGGUGGCGCCGCCGGUGGCGACGACGACUUCAACAACUACUGGGGCUCCGACUGCGACACCGAUAUGCCGGCUUCAGCGCCCGCACCGCCGCCCAGCAAGAAGCACAUGGCCAGGGGUCGGCCCAAACGGUCGGCGCUCACCAUUAACCGGUCCGUGUCGUUGACGAGUGGCGGCACAGUUACGGAUCACCACAACCGGUCGGCCGCCAUAUUGGGUUCGGUGGGAGUGCCGGAGGUU